AUGGAGUUCCCGUUCGAUGUGGACGCGCUGCUCCCGGAGCGGAUCACGGUGCUGGACCAACACCUAAGGCCCCCGGCCCGCCGACCCGGAACCACAACGCCGGCCCGUGUUGAUCUGCAGCAGCAAAUUAUGACCAUUGUAGAUGAGCUGGGCAAGGCCUCUGCUAAGGCCCAGCAUCUUCCUGCUCCCAUAACCAGUGCAUCCAGGAUGCAGAGUAAUCGCCACGUUAUGUAUAUACUCAAAGAUACUUCAGCUCGACCGGCUGGAAAAGGAGCCAUUGUUGGCUUUCUUAAAGUUGGAUAUAAGAAACUCUUUGUACUGGAUGAUCGUGAGGCUCACAAUGAGGUAGAACCACUUUGCAUCUUGGACUUUUACAUCCAUGAGUCACUUCAGCGUCACGGCCACGGACGAGAACUCUUCCAGCAUAUGUUGCAGAAGGAGCGAGUUGAACCACACCAACUGGCCAUUGACAGACCCUCCCAGAAGCUGCUGAAGUUCCUGAAUAAACACUACAACCUGGAGACCACCGUCCCACAGGUGAACAACUUUGUGAUCUUCGAAGGCUUCUUUGCCCAUCAGCAUCGGCCCCCUGCUACCUCUCUGAGGGCAACUCGACACUUGCGUGCUGCUGCGCUCGAUCCUAUGCCCGCUGCUCCAGCAAGGAAGCUGCCCCCCAAGCGAGCAGAGGGAGAGAUAAAACCGUACUCCUCUAGUGACCGAGAGUUUCUGAAGGUAGCUGUGGAGCCUCCGUGGCCCCUGAACAGGGCCCCUCGCCGUGCGACUCCUCCAGCCCACCCACCCCCUCGCUCCAGCAGCCUGGGAAAUUCACCAGAACGGGGCCCCCUCCGCCCCUUUGUGCCGGAGCAGGAGCUGCUGCGUUCCCUGCGCCUGUGCCCCCCACACCCCACCGCCCGCCUUCUGCUUGCUACCGACCCUGGGGGCAGCCCUGCCCAGCGGCGCCGCACCAGCAGGACUCCCCCAGGGCUGGUAGCCCAAAGCUGCAGCUAUAGCCGCCAUGGGCGGUUGAAUGCCUCAGGUCCCAAUACAGGCAACCAAGAACUGAAGCAGGGGGAACAGGAAACAGAAAAUAGGUGUGCCAUUGAGGAGCAGGUCUUCUCACAGCAUGGGUCUGGGGAGGAACCCAUGCACACAGUUACUCCACAGGCCCAGGUUCCACCAGCUCAGUCUUGGACAAUAGGUGGGGACCUGUUCAACGCCAGGUUCAUUCGAAACUUGCAUGAACGUCGCAGCACCAGGCCUUGGUGA